CGAGAUUCCGCGAGGUGAUAAGUUGAAGAAACAUGGCGUCGUCCAAUUUGUUAAAGAACAAGGGGUCCCUGCAGUUUGAGGACAAGUGGGAUUCGAUGCGACCCAUCGUUCUCAAGCUGCUCAGACAGGAAGCCGUCACCAAGCAACAGUGGUUCGACUUGUUCUCAGAUGUCCAUGCUGUGUGUCUAUGGGAUGACAAAGGACCAGCCAAAAUCCACCAAGCCCUCAAAGUGGACAUCCUAGACUUCAUUAAACAAGCACAGGCUCGGGUGCUGAGCCACCAGGACGACACAGCGCUGCUGAAGGCCUACAUUGUAGAGUGGAGGAAGUUCUUCACCCAGUGCGACAUCCUGCCCAAACCCUUCUGUCAGUUGGAGAUCACACUCAUGGGCAAACAAGGCAGCAACAAGAAAACUAACAUGGAGGACAGCAUCGUGCGCAAGCUCAUGUUGGACACGUGGAACGAGUCCAUCUUUUCCAACAUUAAGAAUCGCCUACAGGACAGCGCCAUGAAGCUCGUACAUGCCGAGAGGCAGGGGGAGGCCUUCGACUCCCAGCUCGUGAUAGGAGUACGAGAGUCGUACGUCAACCUGUGCUCUAACCCGGAGGACAAGCUGCAGAUCUACAGGGAUAACUUUGAGAAAGCCUACCUGGACUCCACAGAGAGGUUUUACAGAACACAGGCACCGUCCUAUUUGCAACAGAACGGCGUCCAGAACUACAUGAAAUAUGCAGACGCGAAGCUGCGAGAAGAGGAGAAGAGAGCGCUGAGAUAUCUAGAGACACGUCGUGAAUGUAACUCUGUUCAAGCACUUAUGGAGUGUUGUGUGAAUGCACUGGUGACCUUGUUCAAAGAGACCCUCCUCGUCGAAAGUCCGGGGAUGAUCAAACGAAACGAGACGGAUAAGCUGCACCUGAUGUUUUCACUGAUGGACAAAGUUCCCAGCGGGAUCGAGCCCAUGCUGAAAGACCUGGAGGAACAUAUCGUCAAUGCUGGACUAGCAGACAUGGUGGCUGCUGCUGAGACUAUCACAUCUGACUCUGAAAAGUACGUGGAGCAGUUGCUGACUUUGUUUAACCGCUUCAGUAAGCUGGUAAAGGAGGCCUUCCAGGACGACCCUCGCUUCCUCACAGCAAGAGAUAAGGCGUACAAGGCAGUUGUCAAUGACGCCACAAUCUUCAAACUGGAGCUGCCUUUGAAACAGAAAGGUGUGGGUAUGAAGACUCAGCCGGAGUCAAAGUGUCCUGAGCUGCUGGCAAACUACUGUGACAUGCUGCUGAGGAAGACUGCUCUGAGCAAGAAGCUCACCUCAGAGGAAAUCGAGCUCAAACUCAAAGAAGUGCUCUUGGUGUUGAAGUACGUCCAGAAUAAAGACGUGUUCAUGCGUUACCACAAAGCUCACCUGACCAGGCGCCUGAUUCUGGACAUAUCGGCCGACAGUGAGAUUGAAGAGAACAUGGUGGAGUGGCUGAGAGAAGUGGGGAUGCCUGCAGAUUAUGUAAACAAGCUGGCCAGGAUGUUUCAGGACAUCAAGGUCUCAGAGGACCUCAAUCAGGUCUUCAAAGAGAUGCACAAACACAACAGGCUGGCACUGCCAGCGGACAGUGUGAACAUUAAGAUCCUGAACGCCGGAGCGUGGUCACGAAGCAGCGAGAAGGUUUUUGUCUCGUUGCCCACGGAGCUGGAGGACCUGAUCCCCGAGGUGGAAGACUUCUACAAGAGGAAUCACAGCGGACGCAAGCUCCACUGGCAUCACCUCAUGUCCAACGGCAUCAUCACCUUUAAAAACGAGGUGGGGCAGUACGACCUGGAGGUGACGACAUUCCAGCUGGCGGUGUUGUUUGCCUGGAACCAGAGACCAAGGGAGAGAAUCAGCUUUGAGAACCUCAAACUGGCCACGGAGCUGCCCGACGCAGAGCUACGACGCACACUCUGGUCUCUCGUGGCCUUCCCCAAGCUGAAGAGACAGGUGUUGUCCUAUGACCCCCCAGUCAGCUCGCCCAAAGACUUCACAGACAGCACACUCUUCUACGUCAACCAGGAGUUCUCAAUCAUCAAAAACUCCAAAGUCCAGAAGCGGGGAAAGAUCAAUCUGAUUGGUCGGCUGCAGCUGACCACAGAGCGAAUGAGGGAAGAGGAGAACGAAGGAAUCGUUCAGCUCAGAAUACUCAGAACUCAGGAGGCCAUCAUCCAAAUCAUGAAGAUGAGGAAGAGGAUCAGUAAUGCCCAGCUGCAGACGGAGCUUGUGGAGAUCCUGAAGAACAUGUUCCUGCCUCAGAAGAAGAUGAUCAAGGAGCAGAUCGAGUGGCUCAUCGAACACAAGUACAUAAAGAGGGAAGAGGCAGACAUCAACACCUUCAUCUACAUGGCCUAGGCAGCGAGGGAGGGCUUCCUCGCGCUACUGUUUUACUCCUGGCCUUGUAACCGGCGCUUUAAAAACCCUGCGAGAAGAGAAGGAACAAAAGGAUGUGUGAGAAAUAGGGAGUGCGUUAAAGGACGAUGAGGAGGAGGAGCCUUUUCAAACAAAGUGUGGAUAUUUAUUUGUGUUCGUGAGACGCCAGUGUGUUACCGAGGAGCGAGUCGGUGUCGUCCGGCUGUCUGUCUGUCUCGACUGCCCUCUAGUGCCGGAUCAGAUCCGACGUGAGGGACGCCGUCUGCUUUCAGCGGCUGAGAGGAAAAGAAAUCGAAAUGAAAUACUUCCUGCCUUACUUUGUCAGCGACGGAGGAGCCGUGAGGUGGUUCGGGAGGACGAGCGGAACGAGCUGAUAUCAAUCCUUCGCUUUCACUUAAUGCCACGGCUGCCGUCUUGGCGGCAGUCAUUUUGCAUACCUCCUCUUCUACAUUUGUUUUAUUUUUUAACUGGGAAUGCGGAAAAAAAGAAAAGCUGCAAGUGGAAACUGCCAUUGAGGAGGAGCAGAUACGGAUGGAGAAAAAACUAUCGAGGAGUAUUUUUGUCAAAGUGUGUGUGUGUGUGUGUGUGUGUGUGUGUCUGAGUGCGUACACUUUCAACAGCAUGCUGCUCUAUGAUUUUGGUUUGUUUGGAUCUGUCACACUUAGUGGUUGUGUCUGAGAAUGUUGUGAAAUCAUGACCAGCGCCCUUUUUUAAAUGCUAUAUUAGUUUUUGUUCUUCUUUUGUUUGUUAACAGGUAAACAACUAUUGUCCGGACGCCCCUCUUGUCUGUGUUGGGAAAUGAUCACACUGCAAACUAUUUAUUUGGUGUGUAAAGACCAGCGGUCUGAACAGUGUGAGAUUAAACACCAGCCGAGUGCAUGUCGAGAAGUGUGACCAGGUGCUCCCACGUAAAAAACAAAACAAAUACUUGCAACACUGAAUAUUCUCCUUGUGAAUCCACUGAGUGUCAUUAUUUGCACAGUGUCAGUACUAGGAAAGCCAUAUUGUACUCAUCCCAACAUUCAGCUGAGGCUGUGACGCUGAAGAAGUCCGUCUGUCUCUUUAGUACUAAAUGCCAUCUGCAUGCUUUGACUUUAUUAGGAUUUUCAGCUAUUUGCUGAAUUAUAAAUAAUUACCCCCCCACCCUUCUAUAAAACACUAUGAAUUUCCAAGAUCAAAGUGAUAUCUUUACGAGAAAAUUAAAAAAGAACUUGUGUAACUGUGAUCCACCACACCACAAAGGCCGCUGCCUGCGGUGCAUUAUGGCUGCAGGGGACGACAUAAUCAAAAAAACACUGCAUCCUGAAAUACUAUCGAUUUCAUCCCAGAAGCCCCAUGGUAUCAUAAGCAUGUGCUUUUCUAGUCUUCCGACCACUCAAAGCGCUUUUAACACUACAUGUCACCCAUUCACACACUGAUGACGGGGGCUACCAUGCAAGGUGCCUUAGCUUUUCUUUUACGCAUCAGGAACACAUUGGACAGAUGCACAGACAUCAUCGUGCUCCGUACUGUUGCACAUCCUCAAUAUUCUGAGAACAUCUGAUGUUUUUCUCGUGAAUUUACAACUUUCAUCUGGGGAAUUCUGAGGUUUUUCCUCGUGUUAUUACUCCCCCUUCCCUAGACGCAGUAUUUUUUUAUAAAUGUAUCUACAAUGGCCCGAAUACACCAUCGUACUUUUCUAACUUUUCUAGGACAACUUGUGCUGCCUCCUGAGCCACAGCCUUUGUUUGAGCCACAGGUUUUGUAUAGCUCGACCUUUUUCUUUUCUUCCAGCUAUAAAGGCAGAAUGGUGGUCCGCAGCGUGUAGUAAAGCCAUCGUUAUGUUUUCUGAGCCAACAAGAAACUGCGGUACAUAAAUGCCAAAGAUUCUCCAUCAGAGAGCAGAAGUUCUUUUUUUCAAAAUGUGAAAAAGGUCCCCUUCAGUACAUAUCUUUAAAUACUCUCUAAAAAUAUAAAACCCAGUUUCAGUUGAAUGUUGGGCGGCGAAGUCGCGAGAAGCUGUAUGAAGAGGAGGAUUGGUUACUGGAACUGAGAAAGCAGUGGUGUUGCUUCUGAGAUAUUCAAUAUUUAACAAACAUGGAGAACUACAUACAGAACCGCAGCUGUUUUUCCUUUUGUCUUUUGUACAUGUUAGUUUAAAAUGAAUUCAUAGCCAUGGAAAUCUGGAUUCUAAACACUCACCAUGUGACAGUUGACCUCAAUAUACGCUGCUUCAUAAUUUUUGAUUCCAUUAUCAGAUGGGUUGUUCAGGCAGAGACGAAAAAGACUAAAGUAUGAAGAAUACUCUCUGUGUUCAUUGUGUUUCUCACGGCUUUUAUUCUCGGGAGCCUCGCGGCAUAUUAUAGGCUGCAAAUCCAAAAUUCUCCACAGAAAAAUGUCCGGCAUAAAAACAAAAGUUUGUUGUGUUUAUCAGAGGAGGGUGUUGGGAGUGCUACUGCUGCAGAAACUGUAGUACAAUAAGUAAGAAAGUUAAAAAAAGACUGCUGAGACUAAACGAGAUGAUUCAGCUGCACUGAGAUCAGAGGAGGACACGUGUCAAAAACACUGCAUUUAACAACAAAAAGAAGAGGAGACGUCCGUUAGUCACCCCACGACUGCUGUGUCUAACUCGGUGACUUCAUGUGAGCGAGUGUCGUUCUGCUCCGAUUGUUUGAGUUGUUCCUGUUGAACUGAAGUUGUGAGCAAGAGGAAAGACAACCGUGAAUGUUUGAGAUUUAAUUUUUUUUUUUAAAUAUAUAUUUAUUUAGUAUUUAUCAAAAAUGUUUUCUUUUCCAUGUUUUGUUUUGUAAGAGAUGUUUUCUCAGUGUGCAUCCACAGAGCUGACGCUGCAUUUAUUCACUGCGACAUGCUCCUCUUUUAAGAUUUUAGCCUAAUUUGAUUUCCAUUCACACGUGCAGUUUCUCCAAAUGCUGAAACGGGUUCUGGCCCUCUCCCUGAGACUUCAAGUCCAGAAUGUUGGGCAUCAUCACAGUUACAUUUUACACACUUAAAAGCCAAAAAGAGUUCUUCUUGUUACGAGCAACUCUUUUCUGAACGUGGUUAUGGUUUUUUUGGUAGGCCUUGAGAUGAAACAAACUCCCCAAGUCGAUCACAUUAUGCAGUUUUAUUCUCUAUGCACAGUCCAGUUAGUAUUUAGCAAAUUAUCUCGUGUUUUAUAACUUAUAAACAUUUAUUCUAACAUCUUUAACGCCGUAAUCUCCUCUCAUUUGAUCUCCCCCAACAAAUCAGUCGAAAUGCCAAAAACAUGAUUUGCUUUCUAUACUAUUUGAUGCCCCCGAAAACUGUGACUGAUGUAUUUGUCUUUUCUAUUAAAGAGGGAGGAGUCUUUUGUUCUGACAGAAAUGGUCCUAGAAUGCAACGCAAAGGCAAAACAAACUGCAACACGUCUACAACCAGAGAGUCUACCGUGGUCACAAGUUGGAUAUUCACAUCCUUAUGGCCACAUAUGAUUGAAAGCAGCAGAAUGAGAGCAUAACGCAUGCUGGGAAAUGCAGGUUUAAAAAAAAAAAAAAGCGGUUGAGAUGCCAGGAAAAUGAAAAAAAACAUCAUUUUGUGAUCUGAGCGUCAUUUCAUCUGCUUUGAUGCCACAGCUCUAACCAUGUUGCGGGCUACGAUCUGUAGCGCUGAGCUUUUAAACCUCGGUUUGCAGUAAUUAAUUAUUGUCUGUGCACGCGUGACAGACUACAGAGACACUGAAGGUACACGGUGGGAAUGUAACCUCACUGUUGAUAUACUUUGUGCACACAUCUGCAACAAUGUUCAACAAUUAGAAUGUUUUACGCCGUGCUUGUGGAAAGGUCGGUCCAUCAGCUAUGGGAUGGAUUGCCCCGACAAUGUUCAGACAUUCGUGGUCACUAGAGGAUGACUCGCUUGCCCCUCAGUGGCCGCUGUUUUUGGGACACCUGUACAAUCUAAUGCUCAGCUUAUGUCGACAUUGUUGGAAAUGUGGAAAUUCAGUUCUAUGUUUUAAUAUUGAGGGUCAUAGUUAAAGAAAACUAUGUUGUCGUACUGGACUCUGUUAAAUUGAGAUGUGUUUCUCUCUAUAAUGCAGUUUAACGCCAAGAUGUCAUGACGAAGACUGAACAUUUUGGGCAUCAUUCGAGCACAAUUUGUGUCAGAACAGUUGGAUUGAAUCGUCUGUACCGGUGUACCUAAAGUAGUGGCAACCGGGUGAUGGGUUCUUUUUUUCUUCUGAAAUUGACAAAACUUAUGUCACUUUGUUUCCCUUUUUAAAAAAAUAAUUUGGUGAAUAUAUUAAAUGAUGCUCCAAUUUUUGUCGUCUUUGCAAAAAGUGUAAGAACCACAGUAAGUAUGUAGAGCUUUCAACAAACUGCACAGAAUAUAUAGUUUAGCCUUUUUCUCAAGUGUGUCAUUUCCCUCCGUGGUAACGUUUGUGUUUGACAUACAGGAACUGGUCUUAUUGUACUGCCCUUUUUUUAUUCGACAUUCUGUCUUUUACAGCAUGUUUAUAUAGUUUAAUAGUGGAAUGUGUGAUAUUCUUACCAAUCAAUAAUCAGUAUUAGCUGGUGGAGCUGAAACCUCUCCAUCUGGUUGAACUUCAGUCGAGGUUAAAGGAUUUCAAAAUGUAUUUAUUUUUUUAAGCCUGUGGAGCGGGCUGUGGUCGCCAUGGUCGCUGUCCCCCCCGCCCCCCCG